AAUAACAAAAUGCGAAUUCAUGUUUUCUUCUUGUUUAUUCACUGUCUGAAUAUUAGCUUCAUCAAUGGCGGAAUAUUAUCAGAACAAGAAGCAUUAUUAGCUAUUAAAUCUUCCAUUAAAGAUGAUCCUCAUAAAAGUCUAUCAUCUUGGAAAAAUACUACUCACCAUUGCAAUUGGUCGUUCGUCACUUGCUCUUCGUCUUCUCACUCUUCCACUGUCAUUUCCCUGAACAUCUCCAACUUAAACCUCAGUGGUACUCUCUCUCCUCAAAUCGGUUUUCUUACAAACCUGCAAGACCUAUCUCUCCAUGAUAACUAUUUUUAUGGGCAUAUCCCGUCUUCUCUUUCUCUUCUUACAAAACUCCAAUAUCUCGACCUUAGCUUUAACAGCUUCAAUGGUCCACUCCCUUUAUUUGUUAAUAUGUCGGAACUUCGGUGCCUUUCCCUUACUCGGAACGACUUUUCUGGUACAAUAUCGCCAGAGUUUAGUAAACUUCAAAAGCUUCAAGUUUUGGAUCUUUCUAGAAACAAUCUUUCGGGAUUACUUCCUUAUGAAUUAGGAUUCUUAAAGAGGUUGAAAACUUUAGAAUUAUCAAAUAACCUUUUACAUGGUGAGAUACCAAAUUCUUUUUCUCUUCUUACAAAUUUGAUUCAUUUGGAUUUAUCAAAUAAUCAAUUACAUGGUGAGAUACCAAAUUCUUUUUCUCUUCUUACAAAUUUGAUUUAUUUGAAUUUAUCAAAUAAUCAAUUACAUGGUGAGAUACCAAAUUCUUUUUCUCUUCUUACAAAUUUGAAUUAUUUGUAUUUAUCAAAUAAUCAAUUACAUGGUGAGAUACCAAAUUCUUUUUCUCUUCUUACAAAUUUGCUUUUUUUGGAUUUAUCAUAUAACCUUUUACAUGGUCUGAUACCAAAUUCUUUUUCUCUUCCUACAAAUUUGUUUUAUUUGGGUUUAUCAAAUAAUCAAUUACAUGGUGAGAUACCAAAUUCUUUUUCUCUUCUUACAAAUUUGAUUGAUUUGGAUUUAUCAAAUAAUCAAUUACAUGGUGAGAUACCAAAUUCUUUUUCUCUCCUGAAAAAUUUGGUUAUUUUGGAGUUAUCAAAUAAUCAAUUAUAUGGUGAGAUACCAAAUUCUUUUUCUCUUCUUACAAAUUUGAUUGAUUUGCAUUUAUCAAAUAAUCAAUUACAUGGUGAGAUACCAAAUUCUUUUUCUCUUCUUACAAAUUUGAUUAUUUUGGAGUUAUCAAAUAAUCAAUUACAUGGUGAGAUACCAAAUUCUUUUUCUCUUCUUACAAAUUUGAGUACUUUGAGUUUAUCAAAUAAUCAACUCACGGGUCAGUUACCUGUCAACAUUGGAAAGUUUACGAGUCUUCGUUAUUUGUUGGUUGCCAACAAUAACUUGAUUGGAAAAAUCACACCACAGAAUACAGGAUACAAUGUCACGAAUUUUAAAAACUCCUCUAUAUGCAACUUGGUUAAUCUUCAAAUCCUUGAUUUAUCUUAUAAUAAGUUUAAUGGAGAAGUUCCUCAUUGCUUGGGCAAUACUAGUACUCAAUUAGUUGUAUUGAAUCUCCAAUCAAAUAAUUUCAAGGGCAUCAUUCCAACAGCAUUAUUCUCUACUUGUGAUUCCUUGGAAUAUGUAGAUUUCACUGACAAUCAAUUCGAAGGAGCUAUACCUAGGUCUUUGUCUAAAUGUAGAAAUCUGAAAGUCCUAAAUUUGAGGAACAACAAAUUCAAAGAUCUAUUUCCAUACUGGUUAGGUAGCCUUCCAUCUUUAGAGGUUCUCAGCCUACCGUUUAAUAAAUUUCAUGGUAAUAUAACCAACAAUUUAUCAAUGAUUGCAACAUUUCCUUUUUCAAAUCUACAAAUUCUCGACAUUUCAAACAAUAAUUUUUGUGGUAAAUUGCCAUUCAUGUACAUGAAACAAUUUCUAUCCAUGAUGGGUGACAUGUCUACUAUAGGAAGUCCAAGGUACUUAGAAAAUAGAGGUGGUGACUAUAUGUACUCCAUCAAGAUGAUUGUAAAGGGGGUGGAACUGGAUUAUAAGAAGAUAAUUACUUCUAUGUCAACAUUUGAUAUGUCUAAUAAUCACUUUGAAGGAGAGAUUCCAAAUUCUAUAGGGAUGUUGCGAGCACUUCAAAAUCUUAAUCUCUCGCAUAACCUACUUACCGAAAACAUCCCUCCAUCCAUCGGGAACUUAUCAUGGUUGGAUGGUUUAGACCUAUCAUCAAAUAGGCUUAUCGGUGAAAUCCCUCAAGAACUUGUUAGUUUAACAUUUCUCGCGGUUUUUAAUGGUUCAUAUAAUCAACUGGAAGGGCCUAUACCCCAUGGUAACAAUUUUAAUACCUUCUCAUCUGAUUCGUACGAGGGAAAUCUUGAACUGUGUGGAGCACCAUUACUUGAAUGCAAAAACAAUACUGUUGUGCAAUCUUUGAACAAUGAUAAUGUGGAAGAAAAAACAGAAUUAUCGAUGUGGGAAGUUGUAGUGAUUGGAUUUGGAUGUGGUACAAUAGUUGGUUUGGCUUGGGGGUACUACAUAUUGUCAGUGAGGAAGCCUUUUUGGCCUUUUAAAUUGUUGAACAAGAUGGAAUGGGCUUUACUUGAUUUUCAUGACCACCAUUUCAGUAGAAUAAGUAGAACAAGAAGAAUAAAGAACUAAAAGUGAUAAUCUAUCUGAGAAACAUUUCAUUUGUAGCAAGAAGUAGAGUAUGAUGGAAUGGGCCUUUUUGGGCUUUACUUGAAUUUGUAGCAUUUCCUUUUUCUUUUCACUGUACUUUAUUCAUAAUUAUAUUUUGUGAUAAUAACAUUUCUUUUCCAUUAAAAAAUAUAAAUGUGUGCCAAAUGGGUGAAUGUGAUAAUCUAUCUAAGAAAGAAACAUUUCAUUUCAUGAGAUGUCUAUAAAGCAUAAAAUGUCAUGUUUUCCACUGCAUUGUUAAGUUAGUUGAUUUCGUUUUUCCGAGUUUGAUCAAUAAAUUAAUUUUCAGCUCUUAAUAUAUUUACAAUAACACAACCUCGAUCGUGGGUGUAAGCGAGGAGUGCUGCCGCGUAGCUAGGGUCCAAUCUUGAAAAGGGCUAAUAACUUAAGUCACCAUUAAAUUUAAUCGUCAUUUUCAAGUUGGGAGAAGAAAAUAAAAUGUUAGAUUAUUAUUUUCCUAUUUUUCUCUCAAUCUCAUUUCAUCAUUCCUUUUUUCCAAUUAAUCGUACAUUAACUCUAAUAAAAUGAUUAAAAA